GCUUAAGAGGUCAGGCCUAGUGGGCCUCUUAUAGCGGGGUCGUCUAGGAGCCUUCGGGUCCAAGGAGUUUCAUUUGGAGGGCUUGUGUAGGCACGAUGAACAUGGAACCUAUCCCGGAGGGCAACGAGAAGCACACAUUAUGGGUAUUAUACGGAAAGUAACAGGCGCUCCAUUUUCUCCACCAAUGUUGCCCCCAAAAUGUGACGGGUCCGAACCCUUGCCGUGGUUAGCCAAGCUAUGUGAGUAUUUUGAGUUUUAUGAGAUCCCUUUAGCUGAUCGUUUACACCGUGUGACAUCAAUGUUAGAGGGCUCUGCCUUGUCUUGGUUUAUUUGGCGCAUGCGUGGUGGCUUAAUUGAUGGUUGGGAGGAUUUUGUUGAAAAGUUUAAGAUUCGAUUUGCUCCGUUACAUGCUUUGGAUUAUAUUUCUUUGGCAAAGACAUCAGAAAAGGCUAGAGACACAUUUGUCCACAUGAAGAAAGAUCUCGUGGCAUUCUCUGCCCCAACUGUGGAGGACAUAGAUGCGUUAAAAGGAUCAAGUACGAGUUCUCAUAUCAAAGACGACGAUUAUAGCGGGUCUGGCAUCAUUGACGAGGGUGGUGGUGCCCUUGCUGCAAAUUAUGGUGCUAAUAUUGAGCGUGAUGAGCCAUCAAACAAAUCAGAUUCUACUAGUCGUGAAUUAUAUGUGCCACUAAACGCCUCAGUUAGGAUGAAAAUUGCAGAGUAUGAAGCUCUAGCAAGUAUGGAGAAGGUGGCAGAUGCAGAUAAGAAGCAAGUGGCCAACCUCAUUUCAUUUGAUGACACCAUUAAAUUGUUUGACCUUGUCGAUGUGGUCAACACGGAGCACCUUGUUUCACCGAGAGCAACUACAUAUGCUAUGGGCCCCGUCUCCUUUUCCCCAACUUUGCUGCAAGAGCCAAGCUCGGUGAAGAUUCAAAGAGUGGACUGCUCCUUUGGUUUAGCAUUAUCUCUCCAGUCUAGAAGCACGAGUGGGAGCCUCCACCUUGAGGACAAGGCGUUCGAAAAAGUGUUGGUUAAUGUGACGGGUGUCGCCGAGGAAAAUCUUCAAUCUCUUUUCCACGCCGGGUUGAAAUCACACCUCCAACACGAGAUUAUGUUGCACAAACCAGGUUCCUUAUCCGCUUCGUUUGCUCUCACGCGUGAACUGGAGGUGAAAUAUCUUGCUUGGACUUCCGCCUUGCCAACUCGAUCUGGGAAUUUUCGUGAAGCCAUACCAGCAAAACCCACGGCCCCUGCCCAGGCCGUGCCUCUGUUGCCCUCGCUAGAAGCAAAACCUCCCCCACGUGCCACCCCUACGACAGGACUGCCAGUUCGGCGUCUAUCCUACGCCGAAAGAAAAGCUCGUGACGCCAAAGGCCUUUGCUACAACUGUGAUGAAAAAUGGGUAAAAGGACAUAGUUGCGGCCGAUUUUUGCUUUUACUGGAGGAUGAUGACGAGGAGGAGAUUCUGUCCUCAGUGGAUGAUACGGUGCUUUCAGCGGACGUUUCUUCUCUCCAUAGUUUGGUCAUGGCUCCACGGUCCUUACGAAUGUCGGGUAUGCUCGGCGCCGUGGUAGUGGACGUCUUAAUCGAUGGGGGAAGCACCCAUAAUUUUGUUCACACAUCGCUUGUCGCUCGUGCACAGCUCCCCGUCUCGAACAUUCCCCCUUUCCGGGUGUACGUGGGCAACGACGAAUCCUUACUCUGUACUCGGCAGUGCCUUAAUGUGUCUCUUCUUUUGCAGGGUUUUCAAUUUACGGUGGACGUGUAUGUGUUGCCUAUUCACGGGCCCGAUAUGGUACUUGGUGUUCAAUGGUUACAAUUGUUGGGUCGGGUCACCCACGACUAUGCCAACCUCAUCAUGGAGUUCACGUGGCAGGACAAAGCCGUUAGCUUGCGCGGAGACCCUAUCUCCCCUAAACCCGUGUCCCUGCAUCAUUUCAACGGUCUGUGUACCGCGAACCAAGUCGCGGCAUGCUACGAACUGCUAAUUUUCCCAAGCCCGAACAUCGCACCUGCCGAGGGGGAGCACUGGCCGACAGAUUUGCCAGAGGAGAUAGAGAUGAGAAAAAAGGGGGGCAUAUACGGAGACGGAAAAGGAACAAAGAGAGCCAACCUAGGGUUUCGACCCUAGGUCCGGCGCGGCACUCGGCGACUCAACUCCGGCGCGGUGAUGGCAGCGUCUGGCAACGAUUUCGGCAGCAGCCAUGGAUUCCGACGACCGUCGUACAGUGCAGCAGCAACGAGGAAGCACAUACUCAGGGAGCAAUUUUUUCCUUAAUCUCAAUUUUUCUAAAAUUGUUAACUCUCCGUAGGAUUUCAUGUUGUUGACUUUGCAAUGGAUGAAUUUGUUUUAUAUCAAAUAUGUUUGAAUUAUGUUUUUCAAAAUCUUGUUUUCGUGUUGAAUGUUUAAUUUAAAUUGUAAGUGUUGAAUUGUUUGUCUUGAUGUUGAAUUGUUCAAAUUUGAUUGUUAAUUUAUUAUUGUCUCUGCAAUUAUAAAACUUUCUUAGGUCGAAUUGUUUGAUAAAAAAGAUUGAAUCUUUGUUAAGAAAACCCCCUAAAUAAGAGUAAAACAUGUGUUAUAUCCUCAAAGUAGGAGUUCAAACUUAAACUCCUCUAAGUAGGAGUAAUUAACUAUUUUUAUUACUUAAAUAAUAGAAAUAUUCACAGGCCAUUCAUUUUCUUUUCGCCAAUAAGUCAACAUCGCCAUAUGUGUUAUAAUCAACACGAUGUGCAGUUUGGCCCUUUUUGUGCAGGAGAUAAUUAUUGUGUGUGCAUUGAUGGGGUGAGUGAUUCGAGGACCAUCAUCUAAAAUGGAGUCUAUUAUAAUCCUAACACCGUCAAAGCUCAUCACUGCAACUAUGCAGUGAAUAGCUAUUACCAAAUCUUUGACUGGCACACCAAAGCAGUAGGAUUUGGUUUGGCAUUAUGCCAUUGUGUAACAUUGUGACAUUAUAUAUGAGCAUAUGUGGCAUUAUAUAUGGGCAUCUAUGAUAUUAUAUAUUGUCAUAUGUGACAUUACAUGGUGUCAUGUUUGACAUUAAUAUGUGUGUCUUUAACACUUUAUUGACUGUUAAUGUGACACUGUGGCGACGAUGGUGCAGAUUGUGAUGGUAGUGUUAUUGAUAAUGGUAUAUAUAGCGGUGAUGUCAUCGGCGGUGCAAAAUUUCAAAAAUAAAUAUUAUCAUGGGGAUCCGGUGACUCUAAUUAGUUUCAUCUUUCUCUACUCCUUCUCCUCAUAGCCACCCAACCAUGCUAUUUUUUCCUUCACUUUUUGUUGUUUUUUCUUUCACUUUUUUGUCUAAUUUGAACAUUAAAAAAAGAACAUUCAA